GCAGAAUACUACUAGUCUCUAGUAGCAACUAUUGGUGCCAUCUGAUUCCAAGGCCAUCUGGUAUCUUCGAUCUCAAAGUAAAAUGUAAAUUGGUGUUAUAUUUUUAUAUAUUGGCUCUAUUAGCUAAGAGAGUAGCUACGUGUUGAAUUCACCAUAAUAAUGCAAUUUAAGGUUCGAUUGCUCCAUUGUUGACAUAGCUAGCUAGCUAAAUUCGGUAACGUUAGCUGACUCACUGGCUAACGUUAGCUAACGGAGUAACGGUAGGCUAGCAGCUAUCUGCAAGCUAACGUUUGUCACUGUUUGUCAAUAUCUCUCUCCUAUUUGCACAACGCCAGAUCAUCAUCAUGUCGGGAGCUCUGUUUCCCAGUCUGGUGUCGGGGUCCCGCGGCUCCUCCAGCAAAUUCCUGGUAGAGUUUCGGGCCGGGAAGAUGACCAUGAAGGGUAGCACAGUGACACCAGACAAGCGCAAGGGACAAGUCUAUGUUCAGCAGACCGACGACUCCCUCAUUCAUUUAUGUUGGAAGGAUCGGACCUCUGGAAACGUGGAUGAUGUCAGUGGCACUUUUCUGUUGGUGCUGAAACUGCGCCACCAUAUCUCUUACACAAUCUCUCUCUCACUCUCUCUCUAUCCUUUGUGUUGUCAUGGCUAACUAACCCUUGUGAUGAAUAUGGUUGUCCCUAUUCAGGACCUGAUCAUCUUCCCAGAUGAUUGUGAGUUCAAGAGAGUGAACCAGUGCAGUACUGGUCGGGUGUUUGUGCUGAAGUUCAAGGCUGGCUCCAAGAGGCUUUUCUUCUGGAUGCAGGUGUGUAAGGCAGUUUGAAGAUCCUAAAGUUAUGUGAUCCACACCCCUGCCUCUUUUGUAUAUUUUAUAUCACUCUGCCUCCUUCGUAUAUUUCUCUGCAGAGGAAGGUAAUGUUAUCAGCAGUUGAUUGUAUGAGAAAAUAAUUUCCUGAUGUAAUAAACUCAGAUAUUUCUAUUUCCCUGUUCUAGGAGCCCAAGACUGAUAAGGAUGAGGAGUACUGUCGUAAAGUGAAUGAGUAUCUGAACAACCCUCCCAUGCCUGGAGCCCUUGGCAGUGGAGGCAACAGCGGGCAUGAACUGUCUGCUCUGGGGGGUAAGGAUUAAGGAAGAAUGCACUGCACAGUGCACACACUCACAAACAGAGAGCAAAGGUGCUGUGGCAUGUUGACACAGGAAGAUUGCAAUUGUUUUUAGCAAUGCAUUCUCAGAGAUGAUAGUUCCUUUCCCACUCAGCCUCUCCUUUGUGCAUGAUGUGUUGAUCCUUUCUGAACAUUUUGCUUUCUUCCUCCUGUCCUAGGUGAGGGUGGACUGCAGAGUCUGCUCGGUAACAUGAGUCACAACCAGCUCAUGCAGCUCAUUGGACCAACUGGCCUGGGAGGUCUUGGUAAGUGGCUGUUGUUUAGUGUAAUGUCUGCAGUCUGUACUGUACUCUCGGUACAGUAAUUUUGUCAGUGGCACUUGUGUCCACCUGUCUUUCUGAAUGUGUCUGUCUGUAGGAGGUCUUGGGGCUCUGGCUGGGCCGGGCCUGGCCAGCCUGCUGAGUAGUGGAGGUCCUGCAGCCGGCAACUCCUCUUCAAGGUACCACAAGCCUACGGAGUCACUUCACUAAUAAAUUAAAUAAUUUUGUACAUUUAUGCACUUUCUCUCCAGCUCAGACUACACAUUUACUACUUAUUAGCCAACUUCCGCAGAUGGCUUAUUCUACAUUUAUUACAACCCCUGUCAAUUUAGUUUCUCUCUUUCUGUUCCCUCUCCCUCUCAGUCCAUCUCAGUCUCCUGCUGUCACGCCCACCUCCACCUCUGCUGCCACCCGGCUGGGCUCCUCCCAGGUGCCAACCACACCCAUCACCCCGUCUGCCACCAGUGCAGCAUCACCCAUGGCCUCACCCACCAUUCCAGUUGCCCCCUCCAUCGCAGCCGGGGCAGCCAGCCCCACCCAGCCCAUCCAGCUGAGUGACCUGCAGAGUAUCCUAGCAACCAUGAACGUACCUGCGGCUGGGCAGGGAGGUGAGGGACUAAACAUAGAAAUUAUAGAGCAGCGCACAUCACAGCUCAACAGUUUAGAACAGUGGACAGCGAGAGCAAUAAUAUUUGUGUCUGUCUGACUGACUGUGUUUGUUCUCGCUACAGUGGACCUGGCCAGUGUUGUGACCCCUGAGAUCAUGGCUCCUAUCCUGGCCAAUGCUGAGGUCCAGGAGAGGCUGCUGCCCUUUCUGCCGUCAGGAGAGUCCUUGCCUCAUAGCACUGACGAGCUCCACAACACACUCACCUCCCCACAGUUUCAGCAGGUAUAACACACACUGUUCUGAGUAAGUGUUGAGCAGUGCUCUCUUUCUGUGUAGAGUACACUAGAGCUUCAGUUGUCAGACUGUGUAGCAGUGUUCUCUCAGUACACUAUUACUACGAUAGAAAUGAUCUUGGUCUCUUUUUUAGCUACCGCUUGAGUGCCACAUUUGGUCUAAUGCUGUAUGUACGAUGUAAAGCAGGGAUUAUUCUCUUUGUAGGCCAUGAGUCUGUUCAGCAGUGCCCUGGCGUCGGGGCAGUUGGGGCCUCUAAUGAACCAGUUUGGCCUGCCAACAGAAGCUGUGGAUGCAGCUAACAAAGGAGGUCAGUGUCCUGUAUCUGCGCACAAUACAUGAACGUAACACAGGGGCCUUGUUUGUCUGUACAUUCCAUUGUUUAAAUAGAACACAAGCAUGCAGUCUCCUGCCUGUGCAGACAUUUCUUUAUAACAUUUUUGAUAAGAUUUCCAUAACGUCAUUAAGGUUAUUUCCUGCUGUUUUGUAUCAUGAGUGAAAUUGAACUUUCCUCUAUUCCAGACGUUGAGGCUUUUGCUAAAGCCAUGGAGACAGACAGAAAGUCUGACCAUGAGGAUGAUGACUCCAAAGACAAUAAGGAUGAUGAAGAUAUGAGUUUGGAUUAGGACCCUCUGUUAGUUCAGUUUAACUUAAUGUAUUUUAUUUAAAUGAUUAUUUACUGGCUGUGAUUUGUUAUUCAGAGCACUGAAGCUGUAGACCAUUUCCCUCUGUACAUGUACUCAGAAUAGAUAUUUAAAGGAAUGUAAGACACCUAAAAGGCUCUAUUCAAUCUCUCACACUUCAGCGACACAUCGAAUAGAGCUCCUAACCUCUCGUGUUCAUUUAUAACAAAUUAAUUAUGUACAUCCUCAGAGCUUGAAUCAACAUAACAUUAAAUGUGUUCCCUGAUAUAUUGCGAACCAGAUUACCGUGGCUGUUUAGGAUUUGGCCCUUGGUAGACUAGUGAUAGCUGCAUGUGCCAAUCUGUGACCUGUAGCUUCCUGACAAAAAAAAUUGUCACAUGGUCAGAAAAUAUAUUUCAAAAACAUUUGAUAAUUUAAGAAACACUACUUUUACAAAAUUGACACCAUCCAUACAGGCACAACAUUUUCAGAACAGUUCCAACAAUUUCACAUUAUUAACAAAUGACAUGAGGUAAUUUAAGCAUACAUUUGCAAAACAGAGAGACCAAUUCACACCACAGCAGAAAUUAGCAAUUUUCCACAAAAUGUUUUCUCCAAUAUCACUCACAGAACAAUGAGAUUCACAUAACAGUAGGUCUGUCCAGAUACUAAGGUACAUUAUGCAGAGUCUGCAAUUUUCCAUGAUUUUCACAGGUAUGGUGGAACACGCAACAGCAACAAGACCAGUUAAAUUAAAGGGAAUAACAUCUGGAUAGGACAGCUAGAUUAUUAAACUGUGGUUUUAGGCACUUACUGUAUGUUGAGUGGCAUGAUCCAACACGAAUGAAAAUAAAUAAGAAAUACUGUAAAUGGGAAAAUAAAUGAAACUUUAGGACAUUUCACACACAACUGCUUUCUACCUGCACUCGUUCCAGAGAUUUUCUUUUGUUUGUUUGAUACAUCCCCAGAUCCAUGGGAGAAAAAAAAGCUUUAUUUCAAAGAUAUUUCCUGAGAACUUAAAAAUAUGCCAACUGGCUCGUGGAUGAUCCAGCACAUUGAACAAUACGGUAAGAAUACUUAUUGCAAAUCCUAUUCCUGGAUGUUGACAGAACACCAACCAAGUACUGAUAUGAAGUUUCAUUUAACAUUAACCAUCACAGAGGAAAAGUAAUGUGUGAUCUAGAUCGACACUGCCAACAUGUUUCCAGCCAUCAGAGGCAGUUUGCACAGUGAGUGAGGAAGUAAAGUCUACACAGUUCAGACGUUAAUAGCAGCUACAGUGCCAAGCCACGAAAAGGUCCAUACAAAAACAUCCAAGCCGUACAAAACCACAAGUUCCAAACAAAUGAUACAAUAAAACAAAGGAAUGGCUGAUGCUUCUACAGUAUAGUUUAAAGUGGCACUCUGGCCAGCCCAGAACUCCCUCACAAACACAUAGGCAAACAAUCAUAUUGCGACUAAGUCCAAUGAUUGAUCUGUCAUUUUCACAGCAAGUGAAGAACGUCAUAUCAACAAGCUAGCGAGAUUAUAUAUAUUAUAUAUAUAUAUAUAAUAUAUAUAUAUAUAUAUAAAUAAAUAUAUAUAUAUAUAUAUAUAUAUAUAUAUAUAUAUAUAUAUAUAUAUAUAUAUAUAUAAAUAUAUAUUAUAUAUAUAUAUAAAUAUAUAUAAUAUAUAAUAUAUAUAUAGUGUGUAUAUAUAUAUAUAUAUAUAUAUAUAUAUAUAUAUAUAAUAUAUAUACAUACAUACAUACAUACACACAUACAUAUAUACACACACAGAACAAAAAUAUAAACUAAACAUGUAAAGUGUUGGUCCCAUGUUUCAUGAGCCAAAAUAAAAGAUCCCAGACAUUUUCCAUAUGCACAAAAAGCUUAUUGCUCUCAAAUGUUGUGCACAAAUUUGUUUACAUCCCUGUUAGUGAGCAUUUCUCAUUUGCCAAGAUAAUCCAUCCACCUGACAGGUUUGGCAAAUCAAGAAGCUGAUUAAACAGCAUGAUCAUUACACAGGUGCACCUUGUGCUGGGGACAAUAAAAAGGCCACUAAAAUGUGCAGUUUUGUUACAACACAAUACCACAGAUGUCUCAAGUUGAGGGUGUGCAAUUGGCAUGCUGACUGCAGGAAUGUCCACCAGAGCUGUUGCCAGAGAAUUGAAUGUUAAUUUCUCUACCAUAAGCCGCCUCCAGUGCCAUUUUAAAGAAUUUGGUAGUACGUCCAACAGUCCAUGUGUAACCACGCCAGCCCAGGACAUCCACAUCCGUCUUCUUCACCUGCGGGAUCGUCUGAGGGGGUUCUGGGGAGUAUUUAUGUCUGUAAUGAAGCCCUUUUGUGGGGAAAAUCUCAAUCUGAUUGGCUGGGCCUGGCUCCCCAGUGGGUUGGCCUGGCUCCCAAGUGGGUGGGCCUAUGCCCACCCAUGGCUGUGCCCCUGCCCAGUCGUGUGAAAUCCAUAGAUUAGGGCCUAAUUUAUUUAUUUCAAUUGACUGAUUUCCUUAUAUGAACUGCAACUCAGUAAAAUCUUUGAAAUUGUUGCGUUUAUAUUUUUGUUUAGUAUAGAUAUAAAUAAUGAACAAAAAUUAAAAACGCAACAUGCAGCAAUUUCAAAGAUUUUACUGAGUUACAGUUCAUAUAAGGAAACCAGUCAGUAUCUGGUGUGCCCACCAGUUGCCUCAUGCAACCUCCUUCGCAUAGAGAUGAUCAGGCUGUUGAUUGUGGCCUGUGGAAUGUUGUCCCACUCCUCUUCGAUGGCUGUGCGAAGUUGCUGGAUAUUGGGGGGAACUGGAACAUGCUGUCGUACACGUUGAUCCAAAGCAUCCCAAACAUGCUCAAAUGGGUGACAUGUCUGGUGAGUAUGCAGGCCAUUGAAGAACCUGGACAUUUUCAGCUUCCAGGAAUUAUGUACGGAUCCUUGCGACAUGGGGCCGUGCAUUAUCAUGCUGAAACAUGAGGUGAUGGUGGCGGCUGAAUGGCACGACAAUGGGCCUCAGGAUCUCGUCACAGUAUCUCGGUGCAUUCAAAUUGCCAUUGAUAAAAUGCAAUUGUGUUCGUUAUCUGUAGCUUAUGCCUGCCCAUACCAUAACCCCACCGCCACCAUGGGGCACUCUGUUCACAACGUUGACAUCAGCAAACCGCUUGCCCACACCACGCCAUACACGUGGUCUGCGGUUGUGAGGUCGGUUGGAUGUAAUUCUCUAAAAUGAUAUUGGAGGUGGCUUAUGGUAGAGACCUCUACCAGAGACCUACAUUCUCUGGCAACAGCUCUGGUGGACAUUCUUGCAGUCAGCAUGCGAAUUGCACACUCCCUCAAAACUUGAGACAUCUGUGACAUUGCACAAUUUAGUGUGGCCUUUUAUUGUUCCCAGCACAAGGUGCACAUGUGUAAUGAUCAUGCUGUUUAAUCAGCUUCUUGAUAUGCCACACCUUUUAGGUGGAUGGAUUAUCUUGGCAAAGGAGAAUUGCUCACUAACUGGGAUGUAAACAAAUUUGUGCACAACUUUUGAGAGAAAUAAGCUUUUUGUGCAUAAGGAACAUUUCUGGGUUCUUUUAUUUCAGCUGUCAUCAAGGCAAAGGGUGGCUACUUUGAAGAACCUCCGAUAUAUUUUUGAUUUGUUUAUAUGUGUUAUUUCAUAGUGUUGAUAUCUUCACUAUUAUUCUACAAUGUAGAAAAUAGUAAAAAUAAAAGAUAAACCCUGGAAUGAGUAGGUGUGUCCAAACAUCUGACUGGUACUGAGAUACAUACAUAUAUAGUUUUGCUAGACAUUACUGCACUGUUGGAGCUAGAAACAAGCAUUUCGUUGCACCUGCGAUAACAUCUGCAAAUCAGGGUACGCGACCAAUAAACUUUGAUUUGAGCUAUAAUGAGCAAAAAUAGCAACACCAGGCACCAUUUACACAUAAAAAUGACUUUUCUGCACCUUUGGACGGUAAAUGAAAUGAUUUCAAACUGAUAUGGCAACCAUCAACAUCAAAGCCUCCUCUCUUGUGUUCUUACAGACACCCCCAUU